GUGGGAGAGUAAUGGUCUAACACGGAUGUGAAAUAUCCUGCUUUUAGCUUGAGAAGACCUAUGGUAUAGAUGUAAGAGGUGGAAAUAAACUCUCUACUCCUUGAUGCUCUGUAGGCAAAGGAAAUGGAGAUAAGAAACAGCACAGUGGUGACAGAAUUCGUCCUUCUUGGUCUUAUCCAGUCUCGAGAUAUUCAGCUCCUGGUCUUUGUGCUGAUCUUAAUUUUCUACCUCAUCAUCCUUCCUGGGAAUUUCCUCAUCAUCCUCACCAUCAGAUCAGACCCUGGUCUCUCAGCCCCCCUCUACUUCUUCCUGGGCAACCUGGCCUUCCUGGAUGCAUCCUACUCCUUCAUUGUGGCUCCCAGAAUGCUGGCAGACUUCCUCUCUGAGAAGAAGGUGAUCUCCUACAGAGGCUGCAUCACUCAGCUCUUCUUCUUGCACUUUCUUGGAGGAGGGGAGGGGUUACUACUUGUAGUGAUGGCAUUUGACCGGUAUAUCGCCAUAUGUCGGCCUUUACACUAUUCAACCGUCAUGAGCCCUAGAACCUGCUAUGCAUUAUUGUUGACUUUGUGGUUUGGGGGCUUUGUCCACUCCAUUAUCCAGGUAGCUCUCAUCCUCCGCUUGCCCUUCUGUGGCCCAAACCAGCUGGAUAACUUCUUCUGUGAUGUCCCACAGGUCAUCAAGCUGGCCUGCACAAAUACCUUUGUGGUGGAGCUGCUUAUGGUCUUCAACAGUGGCUUACUCACCCUCUUGUGUUUCCUAGGCCUUCUGGUCUCCUAUGCGGUCAUCCUCUGGCAUGUAUAUAGGUCCUCUUCUGAAGGAAAGAACAAGGCUCUGUCCACAUGCACAACUCACAUAAUUAUUAUAUUUCUCAUGUUUGGACCUGCCAUCUUCAUCUACACUUGCCCCUUCAGGGCCUUAUCAGCUGAUAAGGUGGUUUCCUUCUUUCACACAGUGAUCUUUCCUUUGAUGAAUCCUGUGAUUUAUACCCUUCGCAACCAGGAAGUGAAAUCUUCCAUGAGGAAGCUAUUGAGCAGACAUGCAUUCUGUUAA